CCGCCAUUUUCCUGCAGCUGCCUGUCCCUUUUGCCCAGCCCGGCUUCAGCUGACCAGGGAGGGGGUGGGCUGAGCUGAGGCGGGGGCAGGGGAGUGCCCCAUAUCGUGCCUGACCCCGCGGGUGACAAGAGCCGGUUCUUUCCGGGCUGGGUGGCAGCGCGCGGCCCUGAGCCCCGCCCCAGGCCGGCAGGCGGAGAAGGAGCCGGUGGGGGUAAGGGGGGUGGGGGUCCUCCGGCGCUUGGGGGUCCCAGUCCCCGCCGGCUGCCGAGCGGGAGGGGUGGCGGAGGAGCCGCAGAGAUGUCCGGCCAGAGCUUGACGGACCGAAUCACCGCCGCCCAACACAGUGUCACCGGCUCCGCCGUGUCCAAGACAGUAUGCAAGGCCACGACCCACGAGAUCAUGGGGCCCAAGAAAAAGCACCUGGACUACUUAAUUCAGUGCACAAAUGAGAUGAAUGUGAACAUCCCGCAGUUGGCAGACAGUUUAUUUGAAAGAACUACUAACAGUAGUUGGGUGGUGGUCUUCAAAUCUCUCAUUACAACUCAUCAUUUAAUGGUGUAUGGAAAUGAGCGUUUUAUUCAGUAUUUGGCUUCAAGAAACACAUUGUUUAACUUAAGCAAUUUUUUGGAUAAAAGUGGAUUGCAAGGAUAUGAUAUGUCUACCUUUAUUAGGCGGUAUAGUAGAUAUCUAAAUGAAAAAGCAGUUUCAUACAGACAAGUUGCAUUUGAUUUCACAAAAGUGAAAAGAGGGGCUGAUGGAGUUAUGAGAACAAUGAACACAGAAAAACUCCUAAAAACUGUACCAAUUAUUCAAAAUCAAAUGGAUGCCCUUCUUGAUUUUAAUGUUAAUAGCAAUGAACUUACAAAUGGGGUAAUAAAUGCUGCCUUCAUGCUCCUGUUCAAAGAUGCCAUUAGACUGUUUGCAGCAUACAAUGAAGGAAUUAUUAACCUGUUGGAAAAAUAUUUCGAUAUGAAAAAGAACCAGUGCAAAGAAGGUCUUGACAUCUAUAAGAAGUUCCUGACUAGGAUGACAAGAAUCUCAGAGUUUCUCAAAGUUGCAGAGCAAGUUGGAAUUGACAGAGGUGAUAUACCAGACCUUUCACAGGCCCCCAGCAGUCUUCUUGAUGCUUUGGAGCAACAUUUAGCUUCCUUGGAAGGAAAGAAAAUCAAAGAUUCUACAGCUGCAAGCAGGGCGACAACACUUUCCAAUGCAGUCUCUUCCCUGGCAAGCACUGGCCUGUCUCUUACCAAAGUGGAUGAAAGGGAAAAGCAGGCAGCAUUAGAGGAAGAACAGGCUCGUUUAAAAGCUUUAAAGGAACAGCGCCUAAAAGAACUUGCAAAGAAACCUCAUACCUCUUUAACAACUGCAGCCUCUCCUGUAUCCACCUCAGCAGGGGGUAUAGUGACUGCACCAGCCAUUGACAUAUUUUCUACCCCUAGUUCUUCUAACAGCACAUCAAAGCUACCAAAUGAUCUGCUGGAUUUGCAACAGCCAACUUUUCACCCAUCUGUACUUCCUAUGUCAGCUGCUUCUCAGGUAGCAAGUACAUGGGGAGAUCCUUUCUCUGCUACUGUAGAUGCUGUUGAUGAUGCCAUUCCAAGCUUAAAUCCUUUCCUCACAAAAAGUAGUGGUGAUGUUCACCCUCCCAUUUCUUCAGAUGUAUCCACUUUUACUACUAGGACACCUACUCAUGAAAUGUUUGUUGGAUUCACUCCUUCUCCAGUUGCACAGCCACAUCCUUCAGCUGGCCUUAAUGUUGACUUUGAAUCUGUGUUUGGAAAUAAAUCUACCAACGUUAUUGUAGAUUCUGGGGGCUUUGAUGAACUAGGUGGACUUCUCAAACCAACAGUGGCCUCUCAGAACCAGAGUCUUCCUGUUGCCAAACUCCCACCUAACAAGUUAGUAUCUGAUGACUUGGAUUCUUCCUUAGCCAACCUUGUUGGCAAUCUUGGCAUUGGAAAUGGAACCACUAAGAAUGAUGUAAAUUGGAGUCAGCCAGGUGAAAAGAAGCUAACUGGAGGAUCUAACUGGCAACCAAAGGUUGCACCAACAACUGCUUGGAGUGCUGCAACAAUGAAUGGCAUGCAUUUUCCACAAUACGCACCCCCUGUAAUGGCCUAUCCUGCUACUACACCAACAGGCAUGAUAGGAUAUGGAAUCCCUCCUCAAAUGGGAAGUGUACCUGUAAUGACACAACCAACCUUAAUAUACAGCCAGCCUGUCAUGAGACCACCAAACCCUUUUGGCCCUGUAUCAGGAGCACAGCUGUCGGCAGCAUCCAGCCCCUCCAGUCACAGUCCUCACAGAGCUUCAGGAAAGGACCCUUUUGCAGAGCUCUCUUUGGAGGAUUUCUUAUAAAUCACUUUAGAUACAGUUUAUGUAACUAGAUGGAAGAGAAUGGAAUUAUUCCAAAAAGACAAGUGCUCAAGCAGCAAAUACUUACUUCCAGCAAAAUCCAAACUGCUGUCUCUUAAACUCUCAUUAGAAUGCUACAGUAACCCAGUGAAGGCCCAUGAAGGAAAUUGGGACUAGUCUAUAGGAGAACGUAUCAAUACAGUUUAUAAAGCCAAGAAUUGCCAUGAAUUCAGACUGUCUUUUUGGUGACUAAUUCUUCAGUUCUUUCAUCUCCUAUUAAUACCCAUAAUCAGUAACCUACCAAGAAAAGCCCUUAUUUGGAAAGAGUGAAAUUUGUAUUUGGAAAAGCUGCCUGGAGAGAAGAGCUGUGUCCUUUACUGUAAUGCAACAGGACUCUUCUGGGGGGAUCAAAUCAUAAUUCUUCCUUAUGCAGUAUCUUUCUUUUCUCCAGUCCUCACAGAUACAGAAACAGUAACUAAAAUUAACUUUUCUUUUUUAAAAAUUAUGUAUUCAGUUUGCAGUAGACAUUCCUUAAGUAUUUGUAUUUAUUUAUGAUUAUCAAUUUACAUAACAUUAAUAUUGUAUCAAACCUCCUUAUGAAAAUGAGUAUGGAUGUACACAGUAUGUUUGAUUUUUAUCCAUAAGAAUGAAUCUGAUUCAGAAUGCUUUUCAGCUGACAUACAGAGCACUAAAUAUUUUAAGGCAAGUCCAUAGGUCUGAAUCGCUUAAGAAUUCUCAGUUUCUAUGGGAUUUAGGGAA